AUGUGGCCGGCUGGGGCGGGCAGCAAGCUGCCCUGUGCCCGAGACUCGGCUCUCCGGCGGGCGGCUUUCUCCGGGAACCUCACAGCUUUGCCUUCCCACCUAGUGCCGGCCGGCAGAAGCGUCCGGGUCUUCAUCAGCGCCAAUCCUGAAGAUACAGGAGCAGAACGACAAGCUCUAAGAGAAAAUGUGUAUCCCAAGCUGAGGGAAUUCUGCAGAGAAAACUAUGGAUUGGAAUUUCAGGUCAUAGAUUUAUACUGGGGCCUAGAUGAAGAUGAAUGGGACAGUCCUGAACUCCAAAAGACUCGAAUGAAGCUUUUAGAAGAUUGCUUGAAAACAUCUGCAGGUCCAUGUUUUGUUGGACUGUUAGGUGAAAAGUAUGGAAACAUCCGAAUUCCUGGAGAAGUUGAGUCAUCAGAAUUUGAGAUGAUUUUGGAUGCUGCCAUAGAAGCAAAGCUGGAAACCAAGGUGCUCGAAGACUGGUACUGCCGAGAUGAGAACUCUGUUCCAGCAGCCUAUUACCUCAGACCUAAAUGUGAAAUGCUGAAAAGCAAUAAGAACUCAAUGCCAUCUUCUGCCAAUGCUGAGAAUGAAAAAAAAUGGCAAGAGAUAUCUGAGGAAAUAAAGAAGAUUUUUAGGACAGCUGUGAAAUUGCUACAUGAAAAGGGGAAAAUGAAGCACAGCCAAGCCAAGAGAUAUCUCUUUUCAGCUAUUGAAGAUGAGUUUGACUUUGCUUUGGGAAAACAAACACCAGCAUUCCUAAAGAAAUGUGUUUGCUACAUUAGAAAAAUUGCAAACAUUGAGCGUUUUGUGAAAAUUCCAGCAAUGGGUAAAUACAUGGACAUAACUGGGACAGAACCAAGGAUUAUCCGAGACCCAGAAGCCCACGAGAAACUGAUAAAACUCAGGGAUGAAUUUAUUCCUACCAUUGUUGCAUCAUCUAAUCUGAGGGUCUACACUUCCAUUACACAUUGUGACAUGAAACUAGGUUAUUCACAAGAAGUAGAGAACCAUUAUAUAGAAGGACUUGGCAAACAGUUUUAUGAGGAUAUGAUUGACAUCAUUCAGGCAACUGUACAACAGAAUUUUGACACAGAAACCGAUACACUGUAUGACGAAAUUCUUCAGCACUCAUCAUUAUGUAAAACAUAUGCCUCCUUCUACGAGUACAAAUGUGAAUCUCUAAAUAUAGUGCACAAAUACCUUCUUCCCAGCAAAGCAGGGCACAUUAACCCUCUCAUCACCUUUGGAGGACCUUGCACUGGAAAAACUCUUCUAUUAGCUGAAGUAGCCAAGAAGGCUUAUGGUUGGCUACAUGAAGAGAUGGGACCUGAAUCUGACCCAGUCGUAAUUGUAAGAUUUCUAGGAACCACAGAUAUGAGCACUGAUCUUAAGAAUCUACUUCUAAGCAUCUGUGAACAACUGGCAGUUAAUUACCGAUGUCUGGUGCAAAGCUAUCCUAAGAAGGUCCAUGAUCUUCGUGACUUGUUCAUAAAUCUUUUGAAUGAGUCGUCAUUUCAGAGGCCCUUGGUAAUAAUAUUUGAUGCCCUAGAGCAGCUCUCUGAUGUCGAUGAUGCCAGAAAACUUUGGUGGCUUCCUGUUCAUCUUCCCCGUUUUGUACGGAUAGUACUAUCCACACUGCCCAACAAACAUGGGAUCCUGCAGAAACUGAGGUGCCUUAUCCAUGAAGAAGACAACUACAUUGAGCUCAUUCCAAGGGACAGAAAAAUGUGCAGUCAGGUCCUAAAACACCAGUUGCUACGUGUCAAAAGAAAAGUGACAUCAGGGCAACAGAUAUAUGUCAACGAAGCUUUCUCGAAGUGCACAUUGCCAAUGUUUGUGAAUUUAACCUUCAGGGAGGUUAGAAACUGGAGGUCCCACAAAGAUGUGGAUGAGUCAUCCCUCUGUGUCACAGUCCAUGAAAGCAUAGAGCAGUUAUUUUGGUCCCUGGAGAGGAAAUGUGGGCAGAAACUAGUAUCCCGAGCUCUGGGUUACAUCACCAUGGCUAAAAUGGGUUUGAGUGAAAUGGAGUUGGAAGAUGUUUUAGCAUUGGACAACAGUGUCAUGAAUGAGCUAAAUGAGAAUAUACGACCGAGUAACCCCCUGCGGGUGCCUUAUGUAUAUAUUGCAAGGCUCAAGGAAGGCCUGAGUGGAUACUUGAUAGAACGGCAUGUGAAAAACGUCACACUCUUGGUGUGGGCCAAUAGGCACCUACAGCUGAUAGCACAGAAGCUUUAUCUACAUAAUGACACUGACUUGCGUGAAAUGCAUACGAUCCUAGCAGAUUAUUUUCUGGGGGUCUGGUCUGGUGGCAGGAGGAAAGUUUUCUGCCUCGAAGACCCAUACUUGAAUGGCUGCCUUGAUCUAGAAAGCAGAAGUUUACUAGAGGAAGAAAAGCAUUUCCUGGAGCAGGCAUCUUUUGAUAGACAGGCCCCAGAUCAACCCUGGGUGUUUCAGUGCAAUCCACUGGAGCCUGACAUCUUUUUUGUCAAUCACCGCAAAAUGUCAGAGCUUUUACACCACUUGACGAGAUGUGGGAAAACAGAUGACCUGCUCUAUGGAGUCAUCAUGAACUUCAGCUGGCUUUAUACCAUGGUAAAAAUUGGCCAAUUUGACAAAGCCCUCGCAGACAUUGAGGUGGCUUACAACUACUCACAGGAGAAGGAACUGAAGUUUCUGGCCAGCACCCUUCGAGGCAUCAAAAGCAAGAUCAUCACGUUCCCUGGCUCCCUCUCUGCCGAGCUCCAGCAGAGGCUUCUUCCAGUUGUCAGUUCAUUACCCAAACUGAGGCACCUUCUUUUGGAAUGUGACAAAGAUGGACCUAAAUACUGCUCUAUUGUCCCCUUACAUUCUUCCAUGGAUGUGACCUACAGCCCUGAAAGGCUUCCCUUGUCAUCUAGUCAUCUACACGUCACCGAGAUUUUGCCUACUUGUAACCCAAGUACUGUUCUCACAGCUUUGGAAAAUGGCUCCAUCAGCACAUGGGAUGUAGAGACCCGUCAGCUACUCAGGCAAAUCACCACAGCCCAGUCUGUUAUUCUGGGCAUGAAGCUCACCACAGAUGAAAAGUACCUUGUGGUAGCCACGACCAACAACACCUUGUUGAUUUAUGACAACAUAAAUUCCUGCCUCCUGUCUGAAGUUGAAAUCAAAGGAGUCAAGCAUGGAAGUGGUUCUAAUUUCAUCAAUGGGUUUACCUUGUCAAUUACACAUGCCCUUGCCUGGUUGGAAGCCAGCAAAGAUGUCACCGUCAUUGAUCUACUUUAUGGAUGGCCUCUUUAUCAGUUCCACUGCUGGUACGAAGUCACUUGUGUCCAGUGCUCUCUGGAUGGAGUGUAUGCUUUCUGUGGGCAGUAUCUAAAUACCACCACCAUAUUUCAUUUAGGGAGUGGAGAAAAGCUCUCCACUGUGACAUCUGAAUUUUCAGGUGGCUUUGUGAAGUUUCUUCUCAUCUUGGACACAGCGCAGGAAAUGGUCAUGGUUGACAGUGAGGGCAGCCUUUCUGUUUGGAAUACUGAGGAAAUCACCAAUCCCCAACUAACGGAGGAUUUUGAUUGUCGAAGAGAGGACAGCGAAGUUGUCAGCAUUGAACUUUCCGAGGACCAAAGUGCAAUUCUUAUCUGCAAAGCACUCAGCAUAGAACUCUUAGACACUACGAUGUGGAAGGUGGCAGAAAAAUUCAGAGCGAAACACAAUGAGCGCUUCAUCUCUGCAGUGCUGUCCAAAAAUGGCGACUGCAUAAUCGCUACUAUGGAAAAUACCUCAGCUGUGUUUUUUUGGAGGAGAGACACUGGACAGUGUAUGGCAAGUUUACAGGAAAUCUCAGGAACCAUAGUCAAGCUGGUCAAGUCUAAUCACCAUAAUAUGCUGCUAUCUUUAUCUACCAGUGGUGUCCUUUCUAUUUGGGACAUAGAUAUAAUUACAGCAAUGUCCAACAUAGACAAGACCGGAAAACCCAUCCAAAGACUGGUGUUACCUGCUAGAGGUGAAAUCAUUUAUUCCCUAGAUGGAUCUGAAUCUGUCCAUAAGUGGAACUUUAGCAAUGGAUUCAUUGAGGCAGAAUUUAAGCAUGAAGGCAUCGUAGAGCAUUGUGUCCUCACCUCCUCUGGGGAUGUGAUGGUGACAUCAGAUGACAAAUGUAGCCAAUACGUGUGGCACACCAAUAGUGGUGAAAACCUCUUUCGCAUUAAUGGGCAAAGAAUAUCCCAGCUGCUGAUUACACACAAUGAUCAAUUUGUGGUUUCACUCUGUGAGGAAAAUGCCUCUAGAGUCUGGCGACUGGCCACAGGCCACAGGGUGUGCAAUAUUCUCACUCCUUUACAGAAUGCAUUUAUAACCUCUGCAAAUACAUUUGUGGUAGGCAUCACAAAAAACAAAGUGCUGGCAGUCAGCUUAUGGACAGGAAGUAUCACCAAGAAGUUCUGCUGCGAGGAUGGGACCAUGAUUGUAAAUUUCAAAUUGAUACCUGACUGCCCUGAUAUCAUAGUGUUUAUAACAUCAACGGAAACUGUGAACAUCUGGAGCCUGACAGACGAAGUCAUCUGUCGACGUGUGCAACUUCCAAACAAUUUCUUAAAAAAUCUAGAGGACUUCGAAAUUUCCCCCAAUGGCAAACUAGGCAUCAUGUCCCGGGGAGAUGAAAAUAUAAAUGUUCUUGAUCUGCAUAGUGGUAAACUACGAGUGGUACAUGCUGCUGGAAUCAUCUGGCGGCAGAGGCUAUCUCGAGAUGGCCGCUACCUGGUCUAUAUUUGUUUCCGGAAUGGAGAAGAGGAAGAUGACAAUGGUGCAGUCUCCAGCUUAAUUGUCAUGAGACUUGCAGAUGGUAAAAACAUUGGUGCUUGCUCACUUUAUAAGACACCAACAUAUCUUGCACUGUCACAGAGGCACUUGAAUAUUAUCGUUGGUUUUGAUGAUGGAAGUAUAGGGAUUUAUACCGUAGUGGACCGGGUCGAUGCAGCUUUGAAAAUUAAAAUUGCCACUUCAAACAGCCGGCAAAUUUUCAACAGUGCAACACAAGCAUCGAGGCCAAAGUGUAAUAGUUAUUGCUUUAAGGCUACUGCAGAUUGUAUUUGGAGAGAAUCCACUGAGGUGUUUGCAAGAGAUAGCCCCAUCACAGUGACUGAUCCUGCAGAAACAACUGAAGCAACACCAACCAAAAAACACAAUCCUUAUGACCGUGUAUGCUCUGCCAUAGAGAGCAGAAGCCACAGUUUUGCUGCUGACAACUAAUUACAUAUUUAGAUGGGUUUGCUGAAAUUCAUGAUAUACAUUUGUAAGUUUGUCUUCUAUAUUGGAGAUGGAAAUGGUGCAUUUCUUAGGCAAAAUGAAAUACAAGUGACCUAUAUUUGUCCACAUAUGUGUAAAAACUACAGAGAUGGGAAUGUGUUUUGGCUAUAGUUUUUCUUGAGAUUAAUCCAUGAAAAUCCUCUUCCAAUGGCUCAUCAUUAUAUGGAAGUGACCCUGUGUUCUUAAAGGCUGUAACAACAGAAUGCAAGCUCUGGUAAGUCAAAAAGGCUUUGAGAAUGGGUCCUGCAAAGGAUUGUACAUCUUGCCCAAGCACUACCCUAAGUCCAGAGAAGUCCAUCUUUGGAGAUUUGAUUUAUCAGGUGAUUAAUUAUUUUUUGGCCACAGCAACUCUUCAAACUACAGACUAAAGCAUGGAAAGAUUGUGAUCUACCUUCAUGAUGAGAACGCCCAUACAGAAAGAAUCACAGCUCUUGGAAGUAUGGAAUUAAUCCAAGUAUGAAAUCUUCACUGGGCAUUUCUAGCAAUACUCUUUACAUUGCUGCUUCACCUAGAAAUUAGAAAAUAGUACAAUAUAUUGACUCUAUAUCUGCCAGAAGUAUAACCUCUUCAGUUCACUAGAU